AUGCAUCCUGGUGGGAACAAGAUGUAUCAGGAUCUUCAAGUUUUUUACUGGUGGCCAUGGUUGAAGAAGGACGUAGUUGCUUUUAUUGCUGAGAGCGACAUUUAUCAUUGGCUGAGUUUGCGUACAAAAACAGUUAUUAGAGGAGUAUUCAGAUGGCUUCGUUUGAGGCACUUUAUGGUAGGAAGUGUAGGACUCCACUUUGUUGGUUUGACAUGGAGGAAAAGAGGAAUUUGGGUCCAGAUUUGGUUUGUGAAGCAUAAGGCAAAACUUAUCUGUGAGUCGUUGAAGGUUGCUUCAAACAGGCAUAGAUCUUAUGCUUGCUUGAGACGUCAAGAUACUGAAUAUCAAGUUGAUGAUAAAGUGUUUCUGAAGGUCUCACCUUGGAAGAAGGUUUUGAGUUUUGGGCGGAAGGGUAAGCUUAGUUUGAGGUUCAUUGGCCCUUAUGAGUUGAUUGAGCGGAUUGGACCUGUAACAGCCUGA